UUCCCCUUCUAUGUGCAUGCCACCAGCCACUGUGUUCUCUCCAGCAGGGCGGAGAAAGUUGAUGCAAAAUCCGAGUGUUCUCCAGCAAGUUUCAGACACCCAGAGAAAGUGCAGGUUUAUUCUUCUGUUUUUUUUUUGCAUCUCUUCUACUCAUUUACUCUGCUUUACACGCAUACACCCACCAGUCAUUACUUCUGGUACUGUAGAGGGAAGACAGGACACGAAGAGGACUGUUAGACACCUUUAUACCCAGCUGCUCACCCAACCAUCACCAGUUUGGCAAAGAUGUGGACUUUUCUUUCAGGGGUCAUCUUUGGAAUGCUGGCCUAUGGCAGGUCGGAUCAACUUCAAGUUAAUUCCCGAAGCUGCAGCUAUGCAGGUGUAUUUCUGGUUGAGGGAGCGAACCGUCACUCUCUGACUUUUGACAUGGCCAUAAAGGUCUGUGAGCAGCUAGAGAGCACCAUGGCAAGUUUGGAACAAGUCCAGGAGGCCUAUGAGAAACACAUGGAAACCUGCAGGUAUGGUUGGGUCAGCAACAGUAGCACUGUCAUUCUCAGACACUCCGAGCAUGAAAACUGUGCAAAGAACAAGACUGGGUUUAUUGUUCUCUCACCUGAUGGAGAUAAUUUUGAUGCCUACUGCUAUGAUGAAAAUGUUGACCUUGAGAAAAACUGCAGUAAAGCUUUCCAGGUUGCCAUUUUCUCAGAUCCACCAGCUCUGACAUCACAGCCUCUGACCCCAAGCAGAACAGAACCAGAAGCAACCCCCACAUCCCAGUCUGAGGAAGAAUCACUGCAGGAGUUUGUUGCUACACCUACAACUACUCUCAUAGAUCUGAGUAAAGACAAAAUCACCACGGUUGCUGGUGAAGGAAACCCCUUUGGAGGAAGCAACAACAGUGUAUCUUUCACUGUUACUUCAAUAUUCUUCUACCCAAAUGAUGGAUCUGGUAUGGACCAGGCUGUCCCAGAGGAGAAAAAAGAACCUCCAGUGACCCAUGUUGGAACAACAACAUCGAGUGAAAAGGAACCAAUCGAGAAAGCAGAGCCUACUGUUGCCAAACUGAAUGACAAAGGAAGAAAAAUAUCGGAUCCUGCUCAUGCUGAGAAUGACAAAGAAAAGAGCAGCAGCUCAUUAGACUGGCUGGUUGUUAUUGGUGUUAUUGUAGCAGUUGGUGCAAUUCUCCUUGUGUGUGCAACCAUUGCCAGAAGAAAAGGCUUUUGUGGCAGAAAACAAACGCUCAAUAUCACAGCCAAAGACAGCAGUGACGGCAAUGGUGUCGCAGCUGUGGCAUCCAGCUCCCACAACCCGGAGGGAGAACAGGAAAUGGUGACCCUUAUGAACAAGGAGAACAUCCAGGAGAACGGCAACACAGAGGAGUUCACCGUUAUCAAGCUAGAGGAGUCUCCAGAUAAAGACCAGCAGGCCUGAGGAUUGGCCAGGAAAGAGUAAAUGAUGGGGGAAGAAUAUUGAGAGGGUAGAGGAGUUGGGGCUGGGGCUCAAAAGUGGGUUUCUUGUCCUCCUUCAGUGGAUGGGCACUGAUUAAAAGCAUCUGAAUGUGUAAUUUCGAGCUAUUGUUCAACUAAAGCACACAGUCAUGUACAAAAGCUAUUUAAAGGGGCCAAGCAUUUCAGAUCAGAGCAUGCAAGAAUGAGAGAUUUUGAACAAGGUGUGAGAAAAUAUUUAAUGUUUGUUCAUGUGAUGAUUACUGUGUAUGCUUUAUUGAUUAUGGAUUAUGUGGCUGGACAGGAGCUCACAUAGUGGAUGAGAAGUCACAUGUUAAACUUGAGAAGUCCAAAAUUGCAGCAGUUCACCUUAACCAGGAAUCAAUAAACAGAUAAUCAUAUCCUUUUUGUUCUAUUUCAUUUAAGAGAAAAGAAAAUGUCCCUUAUUUGUUUAUUUUGUAUGUAUUUGUUUGUUUCUAAUACUGAAUGACUGUUCCUUUCUGUGCAUUAUUUAGAAAUCCUUGUCUGUAAUGAGUUUAUUUUAAAGAAACCUGGGGAUUUAAUCUUUAUUUGUUCCAUUUGUUUGAUUCUAUUUUCUCAGUCUCUGUACAUAAAGUAAAACUGUUGCAAUAGCUGCCAGUGAUUCUUUUUAUUCUCUAGGAAAGGGCUUUGUCAAUUAGGCGUAAAGAAAUGCUUCUGUUUUUAGCACCAUUUCAUCAGAAACUGUACCUUAGAGGUAACUGUUUCCAUUUGUAAAGAUCAAAGUAGAUAGCAUGCUGACUGAGCAUGAUUUAUGGCUUUCCAAACUGAGUGUUUUAUGUGCAACUAAAGGUGAUACAUAAAUAACAUGUUUUAAUUAUACCAUGGGGAUGAACAACGCGGUACAGGGAUUGUGCACAAUAGACACUGAUUUUGACAGAAAAUGAAGGACUGUGUGGUAUUUCAAGCACAUUUAUCUAUUUAGAAGUCAAACUUAAACUCACUUUUUAUGAGUGACUGAUGGAGGCAUAGCUGUAAAUACUGGACUGCAGGGCACAUCCAGUGAUGAGAAGCAAAACCACUGCAGAUGUAUAGCAAUGCAAAUGGCUUCUUCAUGAGAAAGAAACUGCCACAAAUGUCUAAGUGCUUUGCACUACCAGUUAUUGUGAUAAAUGAAGCUGCUGUGUUUGUUUAAUGUUUCUGUAUAAAGCUUUCAAUCUUGUUAGAAUCUUUUUCUAUUAAACUUUUCUCAUCUGAACUAUA